CCGGCCGUCAUUAGUGACGUAAGUGCUGGUAUAUAUGUUAUCGUGGUACAGUCAUAACUCAGUCGUCGGUGUUGGUGGUCAAAAUGUACACUGUGACGCUCCUGUGUGUUACCGUCGCGGUGUUAUGGUAUGUGGUGAGCGGCGUGCUCAAACCGAGAAAGUAUCCACCGGGUCCACAAUGGUAUCCCUAUUUCGGCAGCAGCGCGAUAGUUCAGAAGUUAAUGCUAAAGCACGGUUCACAAUGGAAGGCACUAUCGCAUUUAGCCAAGGAGUACUCAACUGAUAUUCUUGGUCUCAAGUUGGGAUCUGAGCGCUUAGUAGUUCUGUUUGGAGAAAAGAAUUUGAGGAUAGCUUUCAAAGAAUCUGCCUUUGACGGUCGACCGGACAAUUAUUUCCUAAGACUGAGAUGCUUAGGCAAAAGAAUGGGUAUAACAUUCACCGAUGGCCCUCUUUGGAAGGAGCAUCGAAGUUUUACGGUGAAGCAUUUGAAGAAUGUUGGCUUCGGCAAGACCACAAUGGAGGCUGAGGUCCAGAAAGAGAUGCUGCACAUCAUCGACUACAUAGACAAGAACAGACACAAGCCCAUUAACCCCAAGGGGCAGUUGGCAAUAUCAGUGAUGAACACACUAUGGAAAUUCACAGCUGGGGAGAGAAUUGAUGAUGACAAGCUGAUGCAUCUAAUAGAUGUGAUGGAGAGGAGAUCGAAAGCUUUUACGAUGUCUGGAGGGAAACUCAACCAGUGGCCGUGGCUCAGAUUCCUAUUUCCGCAAUGGUCUGGUUAUAACCUGAUUAAGAGUGCUAAUAAACAGAUGUCGGAAAUCAUAGACGAUGCAAUAGACAAACACAGAAAUGGUGAAAUAACUGAAGAUGACUUUAUGCAUUUAUUUUUAAACGAAGUUAGACAAGGGAGGAGUACCUACACAGAGGAACAAUUACAAGUGAUAUGUUUGGACAUUUUAAUAGCGGGCUCACAGACGACGAGUAACUCAUUGCAAUUUGCUUUGUUGGCGGCGCUUAGGAAUCCGUCUAUUCAGAACAGAAUUUAUGACGAGAUAAACACAGUUCUGGGCGACCAGACGCCAUGCUGGGAGGAUACUAAUAGACUAAUUUACACGAUGGCAUUUCUUUACGAAGUUCAGAGGUACUUCGUGAUAGUACCUUUGGCGGGGCCCAGAAGGCUUUUAACCGACUUCAAAUUAGGAGAAUAUGUUUUACCUAAAGAAACGUCGGUCCUCAUAUGCGUUGGAGACACUCAUUUUGACCCGGAAAUAUGGGAGGAACCGGAAAAAUUCAACCCCGACAGAUUUAUAGGGGAGGAUGGGUCAUUUGUUAAUUUGGAACACAUUUACCCAUUUGGACAAGGUCGCAGAAGAUGUCCAGGUGAUUCCCUCGCCAGGUCAUUCCUGUUCAUAGUGUUUGUUGGGAUCCUGCAGAAGUAUAAAAUAAACUGCUGCAACGGAGUUCUGCCUAGCGACGAACCAGAUGUUGGCAUAUUAUCAUCACCCAAACCGUUCUCGAUAGACUUUAUACCGAGGCAGAAUAAAGAUGUAUUUUAAAAUAUGUGUAAUAAUUUUAAAA